UAUACGGACGAUAUGAUACGGCGCAGUACCAAACAGUUUUGCUGCGAAAUAGUGUGAUUAUUAUAGCAAAAUCUACAAAUAAUACUAAUGUUUACGUGUUCAUUCACACGCGUGGUGCUGUGUGCGUGUGGCGUCGUUGCGCCUGCGCAAACGGCCGCAAGCGAACUCUUUGUUUGUUGACAAGCUACGCCACGGCCGCUCGGCGAUGCCCGAGCGACUUGUUCGCGUGUGGACGCCGAGGUCGUCAGACGUGCGUUUCGUCUCUCCAAAAUCCUGUCGCGUUAUCGCAUUCGUUGGCUAAAUUUAGUGCAGUUAUUUUAUAGAUUUUUUCGCUCUUCUGCGUAAUAUUUGUGUACAGUGCUUAGUUGCCCCAUCAGAGAUCGCUCCACGAAGAGAUUUUCCUCCAAGUUUUAAAAUUACACGCUCGCUGCUGUGCCAGAAGAGGGUGGCGGGCUCGGAGCGAGAGCGCGCGGCGCGGUGCAACAGCGCGCGCGGUAGGUGACCGGCGGUCUGCCCGGCUGAUGUGGGCGGCAGGAGCUUGCUGCUCAAGACAGGCAGCUAGCAGGCACUCAUGCGUGACGCAGUGUCUAACCGUGGCGCGGUGGUAGGCGAGGGCGCAGGCGCCGCCGCCACGGCGCGGACGCCGGUGAAGACCUUCCAAGCGUACCUGCCUCCGGCGCACCGCACCUACAGCUGCAUACACUGCCGCGCGCACCUGGCUAGCCAUGACGAGCUCAUUUCAAAGUCGUUCCAAGGCAGCCAGGGGCGCGCGUAUCUCUUCAAUUCAGUUGUAAAUGUGGGUUGCGGUCCGGCUGAGGAGCGUGUGCUGCUAACGGGGCUUCAUGCUGUGGCAGACAUCUACUGCGAGUGCUGCAAGACCAUGCUCGGUUGGAAAUAUGAGCACGCGUUCGAAUCAAGUCAAAAAUACAAGGAAGGCAAGUUCAUAAUAGAACUGGCACACAUGGUGAAGGAGAACGGAUGGGACUAGACGCGUCUCUACCGCGUCCGUGAUACUUAGACUGGUGGGGAGCGAGUGGACAGUCAUGACAACAAAUUUGUCAAUUACGGACGUAAAGUCCCGCUCGCGACUCGGACUGUACCAAGAGUGUUCUUUCUCGGCUAUAACUGACGGGGCCACCCGGCCGUGAGGCACCAUGAGCCCGCGGCGCCGGCUGGAGCCUUCGUGAUGAAGUGGCAGGCGAGACCCUCGCCUUUAUAGAUUACGCUCACCCAACCAUAUCCUAGAAGACGCGUCUUUUCAAAAAUGUAACUUAAUUUCUAAAAGACAUGUCUUUUUGGUAUGACGAGGGCGUGGAAGCGUCGUCACAUCACGGAUGCGUAAAUCGGAGAGGUUCGAUGAUUAAUAUUUUUAUUGUUAUCACGCUAAUCAAUCGGAGAUUGAACCUCACCGAUUUAUACAGCCGCGGCGGUCCGACACUGAGUAUAAUGUACCCUUAUAUGCCCUUUUUGUUCUAUAGUCGGCUUCUGCGCUUGAGCACCGCCAGUCAACGUAUGUUAUUGUAAACAUAAGGUACCGAUCUCAACUGCCCCGCGGCCUGGGGCUAUCGGCUUAGAAUUUAUUAUAAUUUUAAUUUGAAAUGUUAAUUUCGGCCGAUCGGCACACGCCGGGCGUUAGUACAUCGUAAGUUGUCUUAGUUUUUUUUUUUAUUAUGUACUAUGCAUUGUACUGUAUUGAGAGAACACUAAUACUUUCUCUUGUCCCCUUUAACCUGUGAUAAGUAUGUUAGUAUAAUAGAUUUUUGGAUUUCUUGAUCUAUGUUUUCAAGAAGUUGCUCAGUGGUGUCAGACGUUGUUCCUAAAUGAUUUCAGCUGUACAAUUUGCUUUUUAUUUUGAGGGUACUAGUCGAAACGUUGAUUUUGUGGAAGACAUAUUUCCAUUUUAUUUUACUUUGCGCCUGAUUUAGUGAUUUUUGUUUAGUUUUAAUUGAACAUUUCGACGGUUCCUCUUUUGAGUUUAAUUAAACAUUGGUACAGUUGAUUUUUUAUGUAUUUGAGCGUUUAGUUUUUAGUCGACGAGAAGAAAUUCAAAUGACGUGUUUUUUUUAAGAUGGAUAGGAAUGUCGGACUGUUUUAUUAUUCAUUUAUUGUUUUGAUUUAAAACUAUUUACCCGUUCAUUUUAAAUGCAUGGUACUUCAUUUUAUGGUAGAAUAUUAUCUAAGGAAGUGCAUUCGCCGUUUAAUUCCCAAUCGCCGAGAAUUUUCGAGAACGUCCGACUUCGAUUUACGAGUACUUGUAUUGUAUUCUUGACUUCUUUCAGUAGAAACUGCCAAAGAUGGAGGUAAAAGCGAUUUCUAUAUCUUCCUCCUGGGAAGAGUCACAUAUUCUCACAUAACAAUUUGUCCCAGUAUUUUCCCUCAACGAUUAUAUCUCUUUAACUUCCCUGACCAUUCAAAAACACAGUGCCCUAACAUAGGCAUAUUAUUAUCACGAAAUUAAUGACUCAAAAAGUUAAAGAGAGUCCAAGACAAAAGGGGGCAUUUAAUGACAUAUUUGGCAAUCUCUAUUAAAAUGAAGGUAAUCUCAAGAUAUUCUGCCGUCGCAUACCAUUAUCAGAGCGUUGAUAACUGCCACUAGUAUAUAUACGAUUGUAAUAUACAUAACUAUAAUAAUACAAAUUCAUCAUAAGUGACGCUCGUUUGACGUUUAAAAUGUUUAUUUUUACAAUAACUAAUUAAAAUGCUACAUUAAAUAAUAAUACUUGGAUUUGUUUAGGAUGUAAGUCGUUUGUCUAUGUUAUUUUAGUCUAAAGGGUACUUUUCUACAAGCGGAGCGGUGCGAGAUCAACCAAUCACAGCGCAACAUUUCCAUGAACGAUUCUGAUUGGUCAGGUUCGUUUAUGGAAAUGUUUCUCGCACGACUCCGCGCAAAUUCGUAUUGUAAGAACCACAGAAUUGUGGGAACGUAACCCUAAUCUGGUUUUUGAUUGUCCAUCUACUGUGCGUUCUAAUUUCAGUAAAUUAUUCGUAGAAAGUUAGUCGAUUUACUAAAACUAGCUAGUAAACGAUUGUACUUUUGGUUUAUGGUAUGAGAGAAGGCAAUUUACCACCUUUGUGAUUGAGAUUGAUUCAAGAUUUUACAUUAAGAUCUAUCUGAUACACUAAUGGUAUGUAUGUACUUUAGUUUGCAAAAUAGAAAUACCUAGUAAUGUUUUUAUUCAGGGAGAUUUUCUGAAUUAAAUUUAUCUUCUGCCGAGCUUCGACAAAAAUGCCUUAUAAAGAGAACGUAACGUAGAUGGAAUCAGAACCGGCUACAAAAGACGUAUUUGUAAAUUGUGCGACCAUGAUAACUGUACACCGAAAAUGUAAUAGCUAGCUAAGUUUAAAGUUAUAUGAUGCAAACACUAAAAAGAAGAAAAUGGGGUGUUAUUUUUGUACAAGUAGAUAUUUUUCUACUACACUCAUAUAGAAGAAAUGUAUGGUCAACUAUAAUGUGUAUAAUUUUAACAACUCUAGGCCCGUGGCUUGAAAUAAUGUUGCCGAUUUUGGCUUCAUACAAUUUAUUUUUCGUAAAAAUAAAUUGUACAAAAUUAAGCAUUGUAAUGCCAAUUAUACGAUGAGGUUCAAUUGUUAAAAUUAUACCCAAUAUUUACGUUACUUGAUCUCAUGUGAUAAAACUGUCUAGCGAUUUUAUCAAAGGCACACCCCGAAAUGCGCAAACGUGUAAGAAAGAUAUUUUGUAUAGGUACAGUCGACAACACUACCAACUUAUUCUUUUAAACUGACACGCCGCACAGAAAUAGAAGGAGCCAAAGUUCGUGCAACGUGGCGCCGACUGACAGACUGGAUUGAACCUGUGUAACUAAAUGGUGCAGUGCAACGUGCCACCGACCAACGACUAGAGCGACUAGCGGUAACGCUGCACGGGCCCUAAGGCGUACAGUCACCAACAAAUCGCAUACAUUUUAAUAGCAGAUGUUUAUAAAGCUCUUCUAUUCUUUUAUUAUACGUACGAAUUAGUAAGAUCAGCACUUUUUUUUUAUUCCUUUAAUUAAAUUAAGUUAAAACAAAUCACCACAUUCCUACAUAUCUUUUCGUACUUUUGAUACGGCUCUCUUUCACAUCUUCGAGAUUAUCUGAAGAGAUUGAUAAAGACAGAAGAUUAUCAAAGUAAAUAAACAAACCAGUUUUCUAAUCCCGCAAAUCAAGUUGUUAAAUCACGUGGCGUGACUGUGGUGAAUCAGUGUUGAUAUGUUGUCGUCUGUACCUACGUUCAUUUGUGUGGCAGUGAUAACAAAUACGUCUUUUUAACAUAUUCUUAAAAUGUGAUAAGGUUGAUCGAUAAAACGCAUUGCAAGUUCACUUGUCUGUUUAAUGUAAUCGUAUUAACUGUUAUCAUAGAGUUAAAAUGUUAAGACUCGUGUUGCACAAUGUUCAAUGACAAUUUAACUGUUUUAGGAUAUCUAACUGAUUUAUCUUACCUUUGUCUGAUUGACCUGGGUCUCUAAACACUUUUAAAGACGAUACAAUGAUUUUGCAAUCUAUUGUAUACAAUUUUACAGUUAUGUUUAUGCUUCAUUUCACCAUAAAAUAAAGAUGGUAACAGACUUAUACAAAAUAAAAAAAAAACAAUAAACGAUCAAUUUAUAA